CCGCCGCUAAAUCAAACCAGAGGAGAGAUCCAAUCCAACGUGAAGAAGAAAUCGAAAACGAUGUCGUUUAUGGAGAAGUUACCGACGAGUCCCAAAUCGCCUCUGAGAAGACGACGUUCAAGCUGGACCGGUCCAUGGUUAAACCAUCCGACGACGUCGUUCAAGCAAGUAGUCUCCGCCGUUAUUCAAGCUCAAUCACCAAGAUCCAGGUUCAAAUCCUUAUCUUCUGAUUUCUCCGACGUCGAUCGAACACUUUCCUUGUCAGAUUCUCUCCUUCUUAAGAUCCUUGAGAAGCUUCCUGAAUCUCAGAACAACGAUGUGGCACUCGUGUGUAAACGGUGGUUGAGUCUACAAGGACGGCGUUUACGGAGAAUGAAGGUUUUUGAUUGGGAUUUUGUUAUGUCUGGGAGGCUUGUUUCGAGGUUUCCUAAGCUUACGAAUGUUGAUUUGGUUAACGCGUGUUUGAAUCCGUCGAGGAAUUCGGGGAUUUUGCUAUGUCAUAAGUCGAUUUCGUUUCAUAUAUCGACCGAUUCGUCGUCGAAUUGGGAUUUUGUUGAGGAGAAUCUGUUGGAUAAUGAAAUGGUUGAUAGAGGGCUUAGGGUAUUAGGAAGAGGGAGUUUUGAUUUGCUUAAGCUUGUAGUGAUUAAUGCUACUGAAUUGGGAUUAUUGAGUUUAGCUGAGGACUGUUCUGAUUUGCAAGAGUUAGAGUUGCAUAAGUGUAGUGAUAAUCUCUUGCGUGGUAUUGCUGCUUGUGAGAAUCUGAGGGGUUUGAGAUUGGUUGGAAGUGUUGAUGGAUUGUAUAGUUCAUCGGUGUCGGAUAUAGGUUUGACGAUUUUAGCACAAGGGUGUAAGAGAUUGGUGAAGCUGGAGCUUAGUGGUUGUGAAGGUAGUUUUGAUGGGAUUAAAGCAAUUGGGCAAUGUUGUGAAGUGCUUGAUGAGUUGAGUAUUUGUGACCAUAGGAUGGAUGAUGGUUGGAUAGCGGCGCUUUCGUACUUUGAGAGUUUGAAGACAUUGAGAAUUUCUUCUUGUAGAAAGAUAGAUUCUAGUCCUGGACCGGAAAAGUUGCUGGGAUCUUGUCCGGCUCUGGAGAGUUUGCAACUCAAGAGGUGUUGUUUGAAUGACAAGGAGGGGAUGAGAGCGUUGUUUAAAGUGUGUGACAGAGCAACAGAGGUUAAUAUUCAGGAUUGUUGGGGACUGGAUGAUGAUUCUUUCAGCUUGGCUAAAGCUUUCAGGAGGGUGCGGUUUUUGUCAUUGGAAGGAUGCUCAAUCCUAACAACAAGCGGUUUAGAGUCAGUAAUUCUACACUGGGAAGAGCUUGAGAGCAUGAGAGUAGUGUCAUGUAAGAACAUAAAAGACAGCGAAAUUUCAGCGGCACUCUCGUCUCUGUUCUCCCUUCUCAAAGAACUAACGUGGAGACCAGACACAAGGUCUCAUCUCUCAUCGAGUCUAGAAGGUACCGGAAUCGGAAAGAGAGGUAGCAAAUUCUUCAAGAAGAGAUGAUGUUCUACAUUUAACAUAUGCUAUGUAAUGUAAUGUAAGUGCUCGCAGUUCAUGUGCUCGGAAAAUUCUUAUAUACACAAACUCUCUUCUUCUCCGGGCAUUAUUACUCUGUUGUAAAAUCUGCCAAAUUUGUAGUCAAAUGUUCAAAACUUUUAUGUAUUGCAAUGUUCUGUUGUUAUAUAUGUAUAAUAAUAAAACUCUUGUCAAUUU